UCACACAACGCUACAUAUACAACCCAUUUUCCCGAAAACCAUGAUUGGUAGGAUCUCACGAAAGCUUAUGUGACGUAAGGCGCACGACCCACAAACACUUCGCUUUUCGUUUGAAACAAUAAUCGCAGCACGAUUAUUUCCAGAAUACAGCACGCUUUUUUUUUUGGAUAAGGUCAGGAACAUGGAGACUUCACAACUCUGUAAGUUGUUUAUUGGAGGCCUCAAUGUCCAAACCACAGAGGAUGGCUUACGAGAACACUUCGAGACUUAUGGACAGUUAACUGAUUGUGUGGUAGUUGUAAAUCCACAAACAAAGCGUUCUCGAUGCUUCGGAUUUGUAACGUACUCUACCGCUGAAGAGGCAGAUGCGGCAAUGGCGGCGUCGCCUCAUGUGGUGGAUGGUAGUAACGUUGAAUUGAAAAGAGCUGUCUCCCGUGAAGAUUCGGUUAAACCAGGCGCUCACGCCAAGGUGAAGAAGCUAUUUGUUGGCGGCAUAAAGGAGGAUGUUGAGGAGACAGACCUGCUACAACACUUCUCACAAUUCGGUCACGUGGAGAAAGUUGAAAUUAUCACUGAUAAAAUGUCUGGCAAGAAACGCGGAUUUGGUUUUAUCUACUUCAACAACCACGACGCAGCAGACAAGGCCGCGGUAGUAAAGUUUCACACUAUCAACGGUCACCGCGUGGAGGUGAAAAAGGCUGUUCCUAAAGAAGAUAUUCAAGCGGGGUCUUCAAGACCCUUUCGUGGUGGCAGAGGUGGGAGAGGGAGCGGUGGCGGCCCCUCACGAGAUAUAAACGGAAUUGGUGGUGGAGGCAAAGGUUUCGGAAACUAUGGAGGCGGCAACCAGGGCUAUAACAUGUAUGGCGGCUAUGGAGAGGAUGGUGGUUAUGACAAUGGUUACAACUUCGGCAGUUACAACCAUCACUCUUCCUCCUACGGACCAAUUAAAGCUGCAGGAACAGUUGGUAACUGGGGCCGCAGUAGCAGUGCAGGCCCAUACCGAGGUGGUUACGGGGGUGGAAAUUAUGGCAGUAGCGGCUAUAAUGGGGGAAAUUCAUACGGUACUGGAUCUUUCUGAAAGCCAUAGGACAGCCGAACUGUGCCAGAGAUAUUAGAAUAGAAUCUUUUUUUUUUUUGUCACACAGAAUAUUUAGGACGUUGGACGUUUUUAUACUAGUGCAUAAUGAGACUACAGAUCAGAGGGGAUUUAUAAACUUUCCUCUACCCAUAUUCAUUUGUUAAUACCUGGGGGGGGAUCCAACAAUGACUGUGGAAACUUUGUGGCCUUCCAGCUGCAUAUAAGAUAACCUGUUGUAUUUUUUUGUGUGUUUAUAAUAUAUUCACACUUGAUGUAUGAUUUUUUUUAUCCUUUGUUCUAUUCCAUGUAUUGUAGGAGAGUAUUUGUGGAGUGCAUGAACCACCUUUGACCUGAGUAAAUUAACAAAUUGCUUUCCUGACGUUUUUUUUUUUAAAUUGCAUUAAAGGGGUUAUACCGUA